AUGACGAAGAAUAACUUAGCAACUCAUCUCAAAUGGUUGAUAACCCAAGGGACGCCUCUCCGUCCUCCCCUGGCCCAAAAAAGCUUACCUGAACGUAACAAUCACGCAUCGCGGCAAGCGAUUUCCCCCGCCGACGAAUUCGCGGCCCUCGAUGAUAUCCUUGAAGACGUGGAAAAUGAGACGGAUGAAUCAAUGGCUAGAUUGUUACCUCAAUCAGCGAGCAAGCCUCGAAUGCUGAGCCGACACGACGCAGUCCCUACCAAUACUCCGUCAACUACAAAGAAACGAGCUUCGCCGAAACAAUCAAGCAUAGCUCGAGAGUCCUUCAGAGAACCGCCGUUGUCAUCAUACAAACCUUCCCGGCAAAAGUCGACUCCAUUGAGACCAGACAGUUUCCACGCACCUGGACCCAAUGAUAUCGAAUCCAUUGAUUUGACAGGAGAGCUUGAUCUGUCCAUACUGUCCUCGGGCACUAUCCCAGCUCGUGGGCCGCGCGGGUCAUGGGAAGAAGAAAACACCCCAUGCGGAACUCGUGAGAAACGCGGCAAGAAGCGCAAAAGUGACGAGUACACAUCCGAUCUUCUCUCCCCAUCGAAACAUGUGACGAAAGUGCGAAAUCCCUCGAAAGUGGCUCGACCUCCUGCCGCGAGAGGCGUUGUACCGGAGCAGCCCACAAUCCCACGUCAGACAACUCAAACAACCCAAACAAAAAUCCCGAGCGCGACGAAACGACCUGAACACAAUUCAACUGUUGCACCACGGAGUCAUCGGAAACGAGUGAUCGCGGAUUCAGAUGACGACGAGGAUCUAUUUGAUGACUGGGUUGAUAAUGAAGAUUCCGCUAAUAAGAUGAUCCUGGAUGCCGAGGAGAGUUUGUACCCAAUACUCCCCGAGAUGAGUCCAGCAGCGGACGAGAAAAGUAUCGAGACCAAGAGUUCGCGAUUGGAAUCUACGCCUAAAGCAACGUUUUCAACUUUGCAGCCAUCGACUCAACCGAAGAAAAUGGCAGUUGCCAAAGAGCCUAUCCCGUCGACACCUUGGUCGAAGCCGUCCAGCUCGCCAGAAAAGGAUCCGGAUCUUCUGAAGUUUUUAGAACUUGGAAGCAAUGCCUUUGGGCAUGCAAUUUCCAAAUUGAGGUCUACUCUGCAGAAGAAUUCUGAGAUAGUCUAUCAACAGGCUAUGGAGGGUCAGCCAGUCCCUGAAUUGAUCGCCGAGAACAAGGCUCUUGUCGCUCAGAUCGAGGCUAUUGAAUUGUUGCAAAAGUAUCAAAAGACCCACAAGAGCAGUGUCUCUCGCAAGGAAGACCUGAAGCGAAACCUGAUACGUGUAAUCUCACAAGGUCUAGAUCCAACAACUAUGCCAGAAGAGCUUGCGCAGAGUCGAGAAGUUGAGAUAGAGUUGGAGCAAACCGAAGCAAAAAUUUGUCCGCUUCUAUCUCAAGCCAACAUCCUCGAACUGGCAGACGAUUGUCCAUCCGACCCUCCUCCCAUGAAACAUACUCGGCCCACCUUCGAAGCACACGCAGUCACGCAAGAUCCCCCUCUUUUCUCUUUUUCGCGGGCCGACUUAGACGCAGAAUUCCGUGGCCAAAAGCGUCUGCCUCCAACAAGUCCUACAAAGACCAAAGUGACACAUCGGCCGGAUAGCUAUGAAAACUGUAUUUCUCGGAAUAUGGGCUCCACACCGUUGGACUCGAUGGAUCUUGAUGAGUUCGACUGGAAUGUCAGCGAUGAUGACAUAUUAGAAGCGGCAGAGGGGUUCGAUGGUGCUCACCAGAUACCCGUUCGCGAGCAAGCCAGUCAAAACCGCAAAGUUUUCGCAGAGACAUCUGGCAACAUCCUCAAGGCCCCCGUUCCGAAAAAGUCGCCCGGUCAUAGUGCCUUCUGGUCAAACCAUCCAUGGUCUCAAGAAGUAAGGAAAGUGUUGAAAGAUCGAUUCCACCUCCGCGGAUUCCGACCUAAUCAGCUUGAAGCCAUUGAUGCAACCCUUGCUGGUAAAGAUACUUUCAUUCUCAUGCCUACUGGAGGAGGAAAAUCGCUAUGUUAUCAAUUACCUUCUGUGGUAACGGGCGGACGUACCACGGGAGUGACGAUCGUGAUAUCUCCAUUGCUGAGUCUGAUGGAAGAUCAGGUAUCACACCUCCGAAAAUUGGAUGUGAAGGCCUUUAUGGUUAACGGUGACACCGAGCAAGAGGAAAAAUCUUGGAUCAUGAACCAGCUCUCACAUUCAGGUGGUGAGGGGAUGGAAGUCCUGUAUAUCACUCCCGAGAUGCUCAGUAAAAGCCAAGCCUUAAUCAGAGCCCUUGAGAAGCUUUAUCAAAGGAACAGACUAGCACGCCUCGUCAUUGAUGAGGCUCACUGCGUCAGUCAAUGGGGACAUGAUUUCCGACCUGACUAUAAAGAACUAGGAGAGGUUCGAGCUAGAUUCCCCGGUGUACCGGUUAUGGCCCUGACAGCCACUGCCACUGAGAAUGUCAAAGUUGAUGUGAUGCACAAUCUCAAAAUCACCGAUUGUGAAGUGUUCUUGCAGAGUUUCAACCGUCCUAAUCUCACCUACGAGGUACGGUCGAAGGGAAAGAAUGAUGAAGUUUUGGCUAGCAUGGCAGAAACUAUUGCAAGCUCAUACCGGAAUCAGUGCGGAAUCAUCUACUGCCUCUCGAGAAAGACGUGCGACAAAGUUGCAGAGGACCUACAGAAAAAAUACCGCCUCAAGGCACGCGCUUAUCAUGCGGGUAUGUCAUCGAAGGCAAAAUCAGAAGCUCAGAGCAACUGGCAGAUGGGCCGAGUGCAUAUCAUUGUUGCCACCAUUGCAUUCGGAAUGGGAAUUGACAAAGCUGAUGUGCGAUUCGUCAUGCACCACAGUAUCCCAAAGAGUCUCGAGGGGUAUUAUCAAGAAACCGGUCGUGCUGGUCGAGACGGCAAGCGUUCUGGCUGCUAUCUUUACUACGGCUACAGAGACACAGCAACCUUGAAGCGGAUGAUUGACGCAGGAGAUGGUAAUGGUCAGCAAAAAGCCCGCCAAAAACAGAUGUUGCGAAAUGUGGUUCAAUUUUGUGAGAACCGCAGCGAUUGCAGGCGAGUGCAAGUCCUCGCCUAUUUUGCGGAACACUUCCGUCGAGAGGACUGCAACAACACUUGCGAUAACUGCAAAUCCGGUUUGGUGUUUGAGCUCCAUGACUUUACUGAGCAGGCAUCCUGGGCCAUCAAAAUUGUGCGACAAUUCCAGAACACGCAGGAAAAGGUGACUGUGCUCUACUGCAGUGACAUACUUCGUGGAGAUUGCAAACGGCCUAAAGCUCCAGAGCAUCGCAAGAUGCCGGGGUAUGGGAAGGGAUCUGACCUUGACCGUGCAGCAGCUGAACGUCUGUUCUACCGGCUGCUUGGUGAAGACGCAUUGGCUGAAGACAAUGUGAUCAAUAAAAGUGAUUUUGCUAUUCAGUAUAUCAUUCUCGGCCGUCGUGCAACAGAGUAUGAGAGUGGCCAGCGACAAAUGAAACUGCAAGUUCGCGCGUCACCGAAUAGUAAGGCUAAAGCGAAGACUAAGCCAUCCGGUGCUGCGCAGAAGAAAAAGUCUGGCAAUUCAGGAGCCGAUCCUCGGUCCACCAUGGUCUCUUCCCCAGUGCAGGCUGCCCAAGACCGUCGCCUUGACCGUUAUCAAUAUACCGGUGCUCCAGUCGCACAUCUCUCGGCCGAUGAGGACAGCGAUGGCUUUGAACCGAUUCGAACCACUGGCAAGUCUCGCCGCACAAAUACACGCGAGAUGGGCCCUCCAAUCACCAGCGACCAGAAGUUAGAUCGACUUGAUCAUAUGCAUCGUGUAGUCGUGGAGGACUUCCAAGAGCAUGCCAAAAUCAUGCUUCAAGACCUUGUCGUUAAGAAGGGCCUUCGAUGCCAACCGUUCUCUGACCAGGUGCUACGUGAGAUGGGCAUCUCCUUCCCCCAAAAUCUUACCGAGCUUUCCGCGAUCCCAGGCAUAGAUCAGGAUAAAGUGAAGCGCUACGGCCGGCAGAUCCUAGGGCUAGUCGAUAAUGCAAAGCGGCGCUACCUAGAAAUGAGGCAAGAAGCAGAGACCAGCGGCGUUGUUCCAGAUCCCAACCACCAUAACGUCAUCAAUCUCAGCAGCAGCGAUGAGUACAGUGAUGAUGACUUGUUCAUGGAUGAGGCUUCCACUUUCAAUCUGGCCAAUCCUGUCUCGACCGCACCCAGCAACGCGGCCGAAAGUAUCACAAGCCGCUAUUUUCCUCCACCAGCAUCUCCAGGGUAUGAUUCUGGCGACGACUGGGAAUCCGGCGCCGCGCCUUCCAGCUCCAAGAGUCGCAAACGCCAACCUACCAGUGGCAAACGACCAGCACGACGAAAGUAUGGCUCUACUGGCAGCGGCUGGAAGGGCAAAGGCGUUCGAUCAAAAGCCAAAUCCGACGAUCGUGCUACAAGCCAGUCAUCUGCGCCGCGAAAGAACGCCAGGGCAAAAACCCCUAAGUCCACUAUUGGAAUGAUGCCUAUUUGA